GCGAUCUCCAGUCCUUUGAUUGAAAAAGCGCUUGAAGCCGGCGAAUGGAAGAAUACGCGGCCGUGAAGAGAGCAAACGACAAAAUGUGCCAAAAGGAGAGCUGCCGCAAUCGUAUCCGUAUCUGCCGCCCAACUGACUGGCGAAACACCUCGAAGAAUGGUGGCCCGGUGGCCCGGUGGCACGGUGGCACGGUAGAACGGCACUCGACUCGACGCGUCCGCCCCGACACGAUUACAACACGACCGACCGUCCACGUCCAGUUCUCAUACGUACAGCAGAGCACAGAACAUCACAGCAGAGCACCACACAGCAGAGCACCACACACGACGUCCGACCAAGAGCAUUUGUGGGGGCCAGCCCGUCCGCGGGAGCCUCUCGCCUUCUUUCUUUCGGGGGCUUUUCUUUCGCUGCCCGCGUUGCUUGGGCGCCGUGGUGGAUUUUCCAACAGCUGUUUGGCGGGAGAACCGUUCGACUGUGCGGCGUGGCGCGGCGUGGUGUGGCACGGCGUGGUGUGAAGAGCACAGCGCACAGGUGUGACGGAUUGACAUCACGCCCUGCCAGCGGCCGAAGACUCGACGACUCGAAUGCAAAUGCAAAUCGACGACGAAUGAAUCGACAAUGACAAAGAGUAUUAAAUGUCUGCGCACUUCUAGUUGUAAUCGAAUUCUCCUUGCCUAUGUGAUAUUAGCUUGUACUGCAGCAGCCCACAGCUCGCCACCGCCAUGCGGUUUGUAUGGAGCGCCGCCUUGCCAAUUUCUACCGGCACCGCCCGGACAGACGCCCUCCUGUGCCCGGCCCGGGAAGACGUAUUGCGAGCAUGCAGAUAAUUAUCCCACCUAUCUCAUCAAGAGUCUCGUCCGCAAAUGGGGCUACGAGGCCGGCACUCUGCUGGUGGACGAGACCUGGGAGGAUUUCGCUGCCGUGGCGUGGCACGAGACGCCCGUCUUUUACGAUCCCAAGUCCAUCUUUCCGUCGCGCGAUCCCAAUGGCCAGGACUUCAAUGGCUACAGCUAUCAGACGCCCUUCGGUGGCAGCAGUUCGCAAAGGGUCAACGGUGGCAAUUCCCUCUUCGCCAGCAGUCCCUCAACGGAGGCGCCCACAUAUCUGCUGUACACCUCUUCAGGUGGCGGCCAUCGUGCCGGACAGCGCUACAACCAUCAUCAGGGUGCGGCAGGAGGAUCUGCGGGUCAGCUGUUCUUCAAUCAGGCAGGCAAGACCACGCCAUACAACGCCACACUCUGGCUGAAGCGCUUGGUGAGGGAUCUGAGCCGCAAGCAGAAAGAAGAAGCCCCUCCUGAGGAGGAGAAGCAGCCGGAGAAGGAAGAGGAACUGCUGGAGAAGGAGCAGCAGCCGAAGGAGGAGGAGGAGCAGCAGGAGCAGCAGGAGGAGGAGGAGGAGCACCAGCAAAUCAAGCGCGAUGUCUCCCUCAACAUGGAUCUCUUAGAUAUUGUGGGUGUGGCCGGUAAUCCCUCAAAGAAACGCACUCGCACCAAGCGUCAAAGUCCCGGCCGCUCCACCCUCUGUCAGACCACCUCCCAGUUCAUAACCCCCCAGGCGGCCCUCAAUAGCCGCGGCAAUUGGAUGUUUGUGGUCAACGAGCAGAACACCGCCCGCCAGAUGGUCAAAGCGGAGCUGUGCGCCUCGAACACCUGCUCGAACCUGUGCGAGCUGCCCAACGGCUACAACUCGAGAUGCGAGCAGAAGUUUGUGCAAAAACGUUUAAUUGCGCUCCAGGGCAACGGACAGAAUCUGUACACGGACACGUUCUGGUUUCCCAGUUGCUGUGUCUGCACGAUAGCUGCCAAUUAAACCAGGACGAGGACCAGUACGAGGACCAGGACGAGGACGAGGACGAGGAUUGGGAGCUACAGCAACAGACAGGACAGAGUCGGGUGGCUGGACAGGAGGAAGAGCAAUCCCGUGACGCACAUCGUUCCACCGUCACUUUUUGCGUGGAAAUACGAUUUGAGAAUAAUUAUUGCAAAAUUCAUAAUUGAUAUCUAAAUGUUAUACACACUCUCAUAGAUACACUCACACACGCACACACAUACACACACACACACACACACAAACACAAACGAAUAGUAGUAGCUUUUAGAAAUUAUAAUUUAAAAUGCAAAAACCUCGAGAGAGAGAAAGAGAGUUGGGUUCGAUCUGAAUUAUUCUAUUCGAAUAAGUCUUACCCUGUGACGACCCAUCAUCUAUCGGAUAUUAAAUAUAAUAAUGCUUCCAGAUGA